GCUGCAGCAGCGGGGGCCGCGCGCGGUUGCCAGGCGACGGGGCCCGGGCAGCGGCGGUGGCCCCGGCAGGGAUGAGGCGCAGGCAGCGGCCCCCGGGCUCCCGCCGGCGCUGAGCCCUGCACCCACAGCUCCCCCCUCCUUUCUCCGUCCCGCCCUGGCUUUGCUCCGCCGCCUCCCCUCUCCUCCUCUCCCCUCGCUCGGGCCUGCCCUUCCCCCUCAUGCGGCGGGAGCGGCCGGAGUGGGGCCCGUGCCGCGGCCUCGCCGAGCCCCGCCGUCUCUCACCUCUCCGCCGCCAGAUCCCGCAGGCAGCCGCGGGCGGUGUCAGCAGCGACAGCAGAGGGGAACUUCCAUGUCAGUGAUGUUUAUUCCACAACAUAGUAAGCAAAGCAAAUUAACUUCAGCCUCGUGUAAGCUUUUGAUUGGCCAACACAAUGCAAUUGAGUACAAAUUCCAUGUGGCUUUGGAAAUGAAAGAGAACUGAGCUCUCUGGCUGGAAGCUGAACGUGAUGACGGCCUGGUCUAUGGUAGGGAAGUUGAAAAUGGAGAAGAGGCACUCCAGAGAAGACAGAAAUGUGGAACAAGAUGCUGGGGAAUGCAGUGCUGAAUCUGAGGAAUGGACGAGCUCAGAAAGUGAACCUGAGCAACCAUACUUCAGAACCAGCUAUAGCAAUACUCGGUGGAGAGAAAAGAAGGUUUCUACCAAACCACAUCGCCCGCUCUGUCGGUCCCCUUGUGUAGAUCGCCCAAGCUUCUCGCAGAGCAGUAUCACACAAGACUUGAAGCUAGAUGAAUGUAAAACGAAUUUGGACAAGGAAUACCAAGCUAAAAUGGAUUUUGCUUUAAAGCUUGGUUAUGCAGGAGAUCAGAUCCAGGCUGUACUGAAUAAACUGGGAGCAGAUGCACUCAUCAAUGAUGUUCUGGCAGAGCUUGUGAGACUUGGCAACAAAAGUGAAUCUGAGGGACAGAGUAGUGCCAGCAGUACCACUAGCACUCUGGUGCCAAGAGGCCCUUGUCCAAAGGAAAUAGCAAGCCCUGAAUCAUCACUUGAAGAUGAAGUUGUGGAUAACAGUGAUAACUUGAGGCCAAUUGUCAUUGAUGGAAGCAAUGUGGCUAUGAGCCAUGGGAAUAAAGAAGGAUUUUCCUGUCGGGGAAUUCAGCUAGCUGUGGACUGGUUUCUGGAAAAAGGACAUAAAGAUAUCACUGUGUUUGUACCUGCAUGGAGAAAAGAACAGUCUCGACCUGAUGCACCAAUUACAGAUCAAGAAAUCUUACGUAAAUUGGAAAAAGAAAAAAUUCUUGUUUUCACCCCAUCUCGAAGAGUUCAGGGAAGAAGAGUAGUUUGCUAUGAUGAUCGAUUCAUCGUAAAACUUGCUUUUGACUCUGAUGGCAUCAUUGUGUCAAAUGACAACUAUCGUGAUCUUCAAAAUGAAAAACCAGAAUGGAAGAAGUUCAUAGAGGAGCGGCUGCUAAUGUACUCUUUUGUGAAUGACAAGUUUAUGCCUCCUGAUGAUCCUUUAGGACGCCAUGGUCCAAGCCUUGAAAAUUUCUUAAGGAAAAGGCCAGUUAUUCCUGAACAUAAGAAACAACCGUGUCCUUAUGGUAAAAAGUGCACCUAUGGGCACAAAUGUAAAUAUUACCACCCAGAACGGGCAAACCAGCCUCAAAGGUCAGUAGCGGAUGAACUUCGAAUAAGUGCCAAAUUAUCUGCUGUGAAAACUAUGAGUGAGGGAGCCUUGGCCAAAUGUGGCACAGGGCCAUCCAGCUCCAAAGGAGAAAUCAGUUCUGAAGUGAAACGCAUUGCCCCAAAACGUCAGUCAGAUCCAAGCAUUAGAUCAGUAGCUGUGGAGCCUGAGGAAAAGUUAUCAGUAGCCCGGAAGUCCGAGGCCAGCUCUGUCCCGUCUCUGGUUUCUGCAUUAAGUGUACCAACGCUCCCUCCACCAAAAAGCCAUGCAGCUGGUGCAUUAAACACUCGUUCUGCAAGCAGUCCGGUGCCAGGUUCCUCACAGUUCAUGCAUCAGAAAUCUUCACUGGAGCAUAUGUCCAGUGUACAAUAUCCUCCUAUACUAGUCACCAAUAGCCAUGGCACCUCAGUUAGCUAUACUGACCAGUACCCCAAGUAUGAAUCAUUGGGGGACCAUGGCUAUUAUUCCUUACUCAGUGAUUUCUCCAACUUGAGCAUAAGUAGUAUCCGUAACACAGAUUAUUACGGGGCUGAUGUGGACCAGGGCAUGUAUUCUAGAAACUCAAGCCCCUGUCCCGACAGUUGCUUAAGCCAUACAAGUAAUGAUUCUUAUUCCUCUUACAAUGACUUGUAUCUGGGUGUAGCAGAUGCCAGUCCAGAAGACAAUGUGAAGAUCCACAGACUGCCAUCGCAAAAUCGUCUUCAGCCUUUUUCCCAUGGUUACCAUGAAGCCUUAAAUAGAGUUCAGAGUUACGGAACUGAAGAGCCUAAGCAGCCCCUUCGCAAACAGUCAGUUUCCCACUUAGGCCUACAUGCCCAGCAUACAGUUGUUGGAGCACGGUCCAGUUGUCCAGGAGAAUACCCUGUGCCUCAGAAUGUUCAUCCAUCAACUGCACAACCAAGCCGUGCCUUGGUCAUGACAAGAAUGGACAGCAUUUCUGACUCACGGCUUUAUGAAAGCAACCCCACCAGGCAGAGAAGACCACCUCUCUGCCGAGAGCAGCAUGCUAGUUGGGAUCCAUUGCCAUGUGCAUCAGAGGCUUACACUUACCACUCCUAUCCAUUGAGUAACAACCUCAUGCAGCCAUGUUACGAACCUGUAAUGGUAAGAAGCAUGCCUGAGAAGAUGGAGCAACUGUGGAGGAAUCCCUGGAUUGGGAUAUGUGGUGAGCCACAGGAACCACACAUCAUCCCAGAACACCAGUACCAAACAUACAAGAACCUCUGCAAUAUCUUCCCUCCAAGCAUCGUCCUUUCUGUGAUGGAAAAGAAUCCCCACACAACAGAUGCACAACAGCUGGCAGCGAUGAUUGUUGCCAAAUUAAGAACAGGGCGUUAAAGCAUUACAGCCUCUUUUGGAUAAAUGGGACUAUACAGCAUACAGGACCUGGAGGAAAGCCUAAAUGAAGAAGGAAGGGGCCAAUCUAUUGUAAAUAUUUUCUACUAAGAUAGUAUCAAAUUCUGUACACAGUAGCAAAUGACUGCUGUGCUGAGGCACUAUAGAAGAAUUAACUGCAUUGUAAAUGUAAAGAUUUUAAAUAUAGGGAUUUUUAAUAUUAUUUUAUAGGAAAUGCAUACUCUGUUGCAUGGAUAUCUCAUUAAGAAUUACAACAUCCCAUUCAGUGUCUCAGUGCUGUUACUACAAAAUUAUUGUUAGCAAUUAUAUUGCAUGUAUUAGUGUACACUUUCAAUUUGCUUAUAAAUACCUAAUUGGCCUUUGAAAGUAUGCUCUAUACACACCAAGGGGACUUGUAGCAUUUCAGCUUUGUCAUUCAUACUGCAUACUGGCAUAUUAAACAAAAAGUAAGCUUGACAAAAAUUAAAAUACUCAAUUUGUAAAAGGAAAAGCUGAUUUCAGCUUUUGAAUGUCAAUAUUGUUGUUGGUACUUACAUUUCAAAACUGUUCCCUGAGAGUUUGAGUGUCUGUUACAAUUGUCCAAUAGGUUGGCUCAAUCCCUCAGAAGCCAAAUGCUUUUAUUAUAUUAGGACCAAAGCAUUAAGGAGUGUGAAGGCAUGAGAGACACUCAACUAAAAAUUUUACUGUAGCUUCUCUCUUCAGAAUUGCCUCUCAACUGUGCAGGAAGCACAAGGAUCCACUUGGGAAGGGAGUAGUGUAGGGGGAAGGCUGCUUCUGGAAAAGAGAUGCUACAGUUUGGGUUUGUGGCAAAGCUGGUCUGGUUUUUGCUCUUUAGAUCCACGCAAAGGUGUGCAUUUGCCUCUUGAAGGCUUUUAGAGUUCCUGUUUCAACAGGUGAGAAUUUUGUGUGGCACUGUUUGCGCAACUGGUAUCUUGCUCAGGGUGGGAACCUUUGUAGCUAAAUGUCUCCAAAAGAGGCGUUUAUUGUUUUUUAAGCUGCACUGACUGGACGCCCUUUUUUGAAUCCAUUGUAUAUUUCAACAUUUAGAACCAUUACUAACUCGAUAUGUCUCGAGCUAGGACUUGUUGACUUCUACUGUAGUUUUUUUCAUGAAAGUUGAGAAGGCCUGGUUUAUGGCCUUUUGUUUCUUCAUGAGAAGGUGUGACACUGCCUAAAUGUUUCUUACUGUGAAACACACAGAACGUGAGGCUGCAGUCAGGGUUGUUUCUGGUGUUUUGAUAAUGGCUUGCAUGCUGCUUUCUAGUUAUCAUUUGUCUGAGGAACAAAGCUCUAUCAUUUCCUCCUUCUGUGUUACUGUAAUGGUUGGUUUGAGUCAAAGUAUCUUGUGGUCUUUUUAUCAUGUGCAAAAUAUGUUCCUACCGUAUUAAAAAAACCAAACCCAAACCAACAAUGAAUCACAAUUACAGGUGCAACUACAGUUAAUUUACUGCUAUUUGCUAACUGUGUCAUUUCACACAGGAUAAAUAUUCUUGUGUUAGUACAGGUAACAUAAUGAUCAUGUCAUUAUGUAUUUAAAAUAAGUUAACUCCAAGGUGAUUCUGUACUUACACUUGGUGUUUAAAAAUAACUUAGGGCUCAAUUAGUUGCUUAUUGUCUCUACUAAAGGGAAAAAAGAAAUCUUUGGACAUUGAUAAUAAUUUGGAAAAACAGACUUACCUCCUGACCGGUUUUCAGACACAUUUCUUCCCAACCAGCAUUUUAUAUUUUUAAUUUGCAAUUAAUUCCUAUUCUCUUCUCUUGCAUGGUAUAAGCAGCUGAGAGCAAUGCCUCAAAUAACCAGAAAUGACCUUUUGUUUGUUGAUACAAAUUGUAUCUUUUUUCUUGAUUGUAUAAAAACUGUAUAAAAAACAAAUCUCUAGAUUAACUUCAGUAUUACAUUUUCACCACAAUGUUUGUGACACCAUGUGUCACAGGGAAGUAGCCCAUGAGUAAUUACUUAAACUUAUUUAAAAUGGGCACUUGUAGUUUAUAGACAAACAAGGACAACUUUACAGAAGUAUUUUAUUAUGUGCACAGAUACUGUGUGUACACCUCAAAGCAUUACAUAGUUAUCUUUAGAGUAUUUAUUAAGCAGAUAGUCUUGCACUAAACUUUAUGUAAAAAUGUUGCUGUUUACUCAUCUGCAUGUGUUUAAAAUGUGACAAUAUAAUUAUUAUUGACCCUGCUUUAGUCUUAAGGGAUUAAUUUAUAAAUUAUUUAGGUAUAAAAUGAAGUUUAUUGUGCACUUAAGUUUUCCAUCUUGCAUGGAAUUAAAUAUUUGUAUGUAGAAAAAUGUUUGUUCUCUUUUCUCCCAUUAUACAGAUGAUUAAGCUAUUUUAAGAGAGGGUUAGUAGGAUUUUUCAUGUUUUCUAAAGCGGAAAACCAAGCAGAAUUUCUGUUUGGAGUGUUGGAUGGCUUAUGGAGAUAUUAAUUUUUGUAGGGUUUGUCUAGUCAUUUUAAUUUUCACUAAAUUCUUCUGUCUUCUGGCUAGAAUAAUUCUUUUUUAAACGAGAACACUCUGCCAAUACAAACCCAGCAUUCUAUUUCCCUAAGGCACUUUGAAGACAAUUUGUCUUCUUCUAAGAAGCUGUUAGGAUCCAUCACAUGUGGAGUUACAGAAUGGGCCCUGUAGCCUUGUGGAAAUAAUUUGCAAAUUUUGUGCUUGUUUAGUUCUUCUUGGAGGUAAUGAAAGUUUUGUAUGUGAUGAUGUCUUUCCUCAUUAAUUACUUUAAGUGAUAAAUCAGUCAUCCACCUCUGUUUUCUGAUAGGUUUCCAAGCCAAUUCAAAACACCGACCCAUUUAUUAAUCUUGCAGGCAUAACCUUAGAUUUCUUCUUACAUGGAAGAGUUGAUCUUAUUAACACCUGAUCAUAACUGUCUAUAUUGUAAAUAUGAGACUUUGUAUAAAUGCUCUUUUUGAGAGCAUGGUAUUUAAAUGUUUUUAGAACUGUAAAAGAACAGUUCUGGAAACUAUAUUUUAAUAAAAUCCAUGAAAUUAGAAUUCUAGAUGAGAAAAAUAAAGUGGGAAGGUAAAAUCCAGGCCAAUGGCAAGCAGCAGGAGUUAAGCAGUAGACUCGAGUGCUUUACUGGGGCCAGAGAGUCCUCUGGCCAUUCUGGUUUACUGAUCUUUCAUCUUUGGCUGCAUUACUUUCACAUAAGUUGUAACUUAAAAGUGUAUAACCUUAUUCAUGAAGCAAAAAUCAAAUGCUUUAUCAGAUGUCUGUCUUAAGUUAUUAAAUGUUUUUUGUAAGAAUAACAUGUCAGUAAUGUAUUAAAUUGUACAUAUGGAUUAUUUCACUACCAUUGGUCCUGUUGUCGUAUUGAGCUGCAGUAGCUGGCUUUAUUUAUUUGUUGUAUUAAACAGUACUGUUUAAUUGUUGUAAAAUUUUAUAAUUCUCUUUGGGUUUUUUUGGUUGACCCAAAUAUAAUGUAAGUCUUAAUGACAAAAUGAGUGAAAAUGGCUGUUAAACCAGUAUGUGGGUAUUCGUAAACCUUUGUAGUAAGAAGAGGGCUCUGCUAUAGUUGCUGCUGCAUGUAACUCAUUCCCUAGUGUGAGUCUUUUAGCUUUUGUAAAAAUGCUUUGACUGUAAACAUAAAUCUAGAAAGUGUGGGUAUGACUGCUUAGAAAAGCAGAAGGAUCCUCAUUAAAAAUAACAACCAAACAAAAAAAAACCCAA